CGUUGCGGCAGGGGGCGGGUCCGGGAGCGGGCGGCGGCGAGAGCUACCCGGGCGGGCGCGGGGAGCGAGUGACGCGUCUGGUGGGGUUCUGAGUGAAGCGCGGCUGUGGCAAGUUGUCCGGCGGCGGCAUGUUCAGCUGGAUGGGGCGGCAGGCUGGCGGGCGCGAGCGCUCGGGCGGCAUGGAUGCAGUGCAGACGGUGACUGGCGGCUUGCGCUCUCUCUACCAGCGCAAGGUGCUGCCGCUGGAGGAGGCGUACCGCUUCCACGAGUUCCACUCGCCCGCGCUGGAGGACGCCGACUUCGAAAACAAGCCCAUGAUCCUGCUGGUGGGCCAGUACAGCACGGGCAAGACCACCUUCAUCAGAUACUUACUGGAGCAAGAUUUCCCAGGCAUGAGAAUUGGUCCAGAGCCGACCACAGACUCCUUCAUUGCUGUGAUGUAUGGGGAGACCGAAGGAAGCACCCCUGGGAAUGCUUUAGUUGUGGAUCCCAAGAAGCCAUUCCGAAAGCUUAGUCGCUUUGGAAAUGCUUUCCUGAACAGAUUCAUGUGCUCACAGCUGCCCAACCAAGUUCUGAAGAGCAUCAGCAUCAUCGACAGUCCUGGCAUUCUGUCUGGGGAGAAGCAGCGCAUCAGCCGAGGGUAUGACUUCUGCCAGGUCUUACAGUGGUUUGCAGAGAGAGUUGACAGGAUCAUCCUGCUCUUUGAUGCUCACAAAUUGGACAUCUCAGAUGAGUUCUCAGAGGCGAUCAAGGCCUUCCGGGGACAGGAUGACAAAAUCCGAGUGGUACUGAACAAGGCUGACCAAGUGGACACACAGCAGCUGAUGCGAGUCUAUGGUGCCCUCAUGUGGUCUCUGGGCAAGGUCAUCAACACACCUGAAGUUCUUCGAGUCUACAUUGGCUCAUUUUGGGCACAGCCUCUGCAGAACACAGACAACCGCCGGCUCUUCGAGGCUGAAGCACAGGACCUCUUCCGAGACAUCCAGAGCCUGCCCCAGAAGGCUGCAGUACGCAAACUCAACGACCUCAUCAAGCGAGCAAGGUUGGCCAAAGUCCACGCCUACAUCAUCAGCUACCUGAAGAAGGAAAUGCCAAGUAUGUUUGGAAAAGAAAAUAAGAAGAGAGAACUUAUCUUCAGGCUUCCGGAAAUCUAUGUUCAGCUGCAGCGAGAAUACCAGAUUUCUGCAGGGGACUUCCCUGAGGUCAAGGCCAUGCAGGAGCAGCUUGAGAACUAUGACUUCACCAAGUUCCACUCACUGAAGCCCAAGCUGAUCGAGGCUGUGGACAACAUGCUGACCAACAAGAUCUCAUCCCUCAUGAGCCUCAUCAGCCAGGAGGAGAUGAACAUGCCCACGCAAAUGGUGCAGGGCGGUGCCUUUGACGGCACCACAGAGGGGCCCUUCAACCAGGGCUACGGGGAGGGGGCCAAGGAGGGUGCUGACGAGGAAGAGUGGGUUGUGGCUAAAGACAAGCCCGUGUAUGAUGAACUCUUUUAUACGCUGUCACCCAUCAAUGGCAAGAUAUCAGGUGUCAAUGCCAAGAAGGAGAUGGUGACCUCCAAGCUGCCCAACAGUGUCCUGGGCAAGAUCUGGAAGCUGGCCGACUGCGACUGCGAUGGCAUGCUGGAUGAGGAGGAGUUUGCGCUGGCCAAGCACCUCAUCAAGAUCAAGCUGGAUGGCUACGAGCUCCCCAACAGCCUGCCCCCACACCUUGUGCCCCCCUCUCACAGGAAGUCCCUGCCAAAGGCUGACUGAGGGUCCGUAGCUAGGGUGGGAGGGGUAGUACCUGGGCCUGAAGUCUGCUCUGCCACUGACUCUCUGAAUGUCCUUGGCCAAGGUUCCGUCCUCUCCAUGACUCAGUUUCCUCAUGUGUAGGGCAGGGAGGGCAGAUCCUGGAUACUAGGUGAGGUCCUUAUACCUCUAAAAUCCCUAAGUUUCUAUCAAAGUAUUGAGAAGAGCAGUGUAUAGAUAUGGAGAUAAAGGAAUAAAAGAAAAGAUUAUCCAAAGAAGAAUGUAGGUGUGACACAGGCUGGCGAACUCUGGAGACUCGGGGAGUGAGCCAGGGACUCACUAGAUUCUUCAGAGCUGGACAAUAAGUUACCGUGAACCUCUCUGUCCUUUAGAGGGCACUGAGAGGCAGCAAAUGACCUAAUUUAUUUUUCUUACUGUGUUUCCUCUAUCUAGAGAGGAAAGGGAACAGAACAGAGUUUCUGUCCUCCAUAGACUAACACCAAAGAGAAGACCCAGUCUUAGGACGUGCCAUGUCCAUGUGGGCCCAUCUGCAGUCCCCAGCAGAGUAGACAGCCAGGCCAGGAGGGUCUGUCUUGUCCCAGCACCUGCUGCCUGACCCUGCCAAGCCUCCCUCCCAGCGAAGCUGGAUUCAGUUAGGAAUUUGGAAUUCACAGACUGUAAGCCCAUGGCAAGACCUCUAGAUCAUGCUGAAGUCUGAGGAUUGGCUUUUCCUUCUAUUUCACCAAUAGUUUGCAGCAGUCAGUUUAUCAGACUUAAGAGAAAAGACAGUCCCCAUCUGUCCCUAAGUGUGCCCUUCAACCACUGAAUGUCCCUAAGGCUUUUUUGGUAGGUGGCAGAAUUUAAAUUCAAUAAAGCCAUGUCUUGAUUUGUGUGGAGUCCCAGAGCCUUCGGACCCAAGUAGAGACCAGCCCCGUCCUGAGCUAUCAGUCCCAGAGCCUUUGGACCCAAGUAAAGAGACCAGCCCCGUCUUGAGCUAUCAGUCCCACAGCCUUCAGACCCAAGUAGAGACCAGCCCCGUCCUGAGCUAUCAAUGCGAGAGAUCAGUGUCUUGGUGAUUGAUGACAUUGUUUGAUUUUUAAAGGAAAAAAUGCAUUUUAAUGUGUCCAGUUGUGUUUUUCUCACAUGAUGUAGCCUCUCUGCAGAAAUCUUCUCUGUAGCACCUUUUCUUCCGAGCUAGAACACUUCACAUAAGGAGUGCCUAUCUGGGGCCAGGAUUGGGCUGCUUCUGGCUCUUCAGUGUUCUUUCCCAAACCAACUUAUCAGGCACAGGGGCUGCCUCCUGCUGUACUCUGCUCUGUGGCCCAGCAGAGGAGCACUGACACCAUCACUUAGGAAGUAGGAAUUACAAUGCAGCAAUGAUGACAUGGCCCAGCCCCAACAGCAGCAGAAAUAAAUGAAUCUGAACAGUGAAUCUUCACAAAAACAUACUCCAAUUCCUAUUGCCUGUGUCUGGCAACCUCAGUGUCAGAACUGGUGAUUUAAGAGAAAAUGCUAAAAGCUCAUACCUAUUAUCCCAGCACUUGGGAGGCAGAUGGAGGAGGAUUGCCAUGAGUUUGAAGCCAGCCUGAGCUUAUUAAAACAUUGUUGGUUUUAUGGUAGUCUAUGUAAAACCGAGAAUACUUAUGCCACCAUUCACACUCCAUGUCUUACUUUCCAAAUAAUGGUUUUAAGAGAAAUAUGGUAUGCACUUUACUCUGGAAGUGUGUUUUUAUUAAUUGGACACACACAGGUGAAUGUUUGAUCCUGGGGCUGUAACUGAAUGUGGGCAUUUCUGUUGGUGUCCAUGGAGAGGUGAUGCAUGGGAGCCUGCCUGUCCUCCCACUGUUUUCUGCUUUCUCUGCACGGUUGGCAUAUAUCUACCUAAAUAUAAUCACAAAUGUAUGUCUCAUGA